AUGCCAACCGACAGCGCCGCUUCCUUGUCAUCGUCACACCGGAGCUCUUCACCUUUCAACCAUGCACACCGGGCUCACCUUGCCAAUAGCGCGAAGCCCGCCUCUCCACGUCCCGCGCAGAGACCGACGCGUCUAUUGAACCGUGAGGAAAGUACGGAGUCAGGCGGAAGAACGCCUGUGUCGGCAUUGCUGCACGAGAAGCUACAGACCCAGCGUCAAGUCGAGGGCCACAGGGCCUCAGCAGCAGCGUCGAAUGCUUCGAAAUCCAGCAGCGACAUGACAGCCUCGAUCGAUGCUAGUAGCUUGCACCAGGCGUGCUCUAGUAAAUAUGCGAGCUCCGACGCUGGGCGUCAGACAUUGCGUACGGACGGCGAAACGGGACAGCGCAAGGGUCUGGCGUUGAAGGAGAUGGAGCACGUCGUCUCGGGACUGCACAAGCAGAACUUUGACCUCAAGCUGGAGCUAUACCAUCGGCGCGAAAGACAGACCGCUCUUGAAGAGCGAAUGGAAGCCCUACAAGCGGAGAAGUCUGAGGUCGAGGAUAUGAACGACAGACUCAUCGCAGAAAUGGAAAAGAGAGACAAGGCUGUGGAAGAAGCCGUGGCCAUGAUCAUCAUGCUGGAAGAAAAGGUCGAUACUCUUACCAAGGAGCGGAACAUGGUUCGCCAUGUCGAAGCACAGAGCUUAUUCAGCGCGGCCUACCGCCCGGUUCCCGAGGACCCCUCGUACCGAGCAACGACACCCGAGCGACGCCCUGAGCCCGCAUCGCUGCACAGAGUGCCAAGCUUCAUGUCAGACCACAGUGAGGCAACGGAGAAUCUUCGCAAUGUAUACACUGGCGUGAGAGGCAGCGUCGUCAGCCUUGCCCGCGUUCCUGAGGGGACUUCUGACUUGGGCGACACCCCGGGUCCUUGUCUUGAAAGUCCUUCGCUGAGUGUUCUGAGCAAGAGUUCCUUCGUCAGCGUAUACCCGUCGAAUAGGAAGAAUGGGAACGCACCUUAUCGGGUUGAUGGUUCGCCAUCUAUCAGAGGUGAGCCCACCUCUUCGCCAUCUCAGCGGUCAGUCGCAGCCAGCCCCAGCCGCCGAGGUGCAAGUAGUGUACCUCCCAGGUUUCGUACGCCAGGUCGACUCGGCAGUGCUGGACAGAUCCAACCUAUCACAAGUGUCAUCGAAGACAGCCCGUUGCAGCGCAUCGAGCGCAUGGAUCCUUCGUACUCGCCGCGGCGGGACAUGUCACGACAGUCGAGCUCUUCGAGACCAGCGACCGCCAUCGAACAACCCAAGCUCCAACGCAUGACCAGUCGUCGGGUUCUCCGCGCCGAGAAGCGAGACAAUUUGGCCAAAGUCAAUACGGACGCAGCAGGUGGCGUUAGUCUCUAUGAGCAAACUCUUCCGCCUACGCCUGACACGGUCGCUUCAUCCACUUUGCAGCGAUUUAAGAAGUCGACUGAUACGCUUGAAAGGAGACAGAACGGCCUGAACGACCGUUCUAAUGAUCAUGUGAACGUUCCCAGCAGCAAUGAAGGGGUAUCAUUAAGGACUCAAGUGGGCAGUACACCUAUGCCGGCAGACGCUCCUCCGACCAUAAGGAGGACCGAAACUCUAGGGAACAGCCUGAACCAGAUACCAAGGUCGAUCCCGCAGAGGCCUCGGUCAGCUGAUGAGUCCACAAUCUCCUAUCGAAGAGACAGAGAUUACGGGUUCGACACUGAAGACUCAGAGAUUGACUCCUUCGCAUCGAAGCAGGAGAUGUGGGAGCGAGCGGGACAUGACAAGAGAGAGGAGCCAGAUCUGUUCGGCUUUGCCUCAAACGGGAUUGCAUGGGGCCACAACGCUGGCUUGACCUAUACGAGCAGCAUCAGAGAUCCGCUCUCCCUGAGCUUUGGCAUGGAAGGUGCUGUCGUUGGUCCCACCAGUGAUCAACUGUAUGAUGCUAUCCCGGCAGAGGCCUUACCGGCGGCUCAGCAGACAUCUCGAGCAAGGACGAAGCCGGGGCCGAAACAGGCACCUCAGCAGAGGGGCGCAAAGAGCCAUGCCCAGCGACCGCGACGCAACAGCGACAACGCGCAGAAUCGGGACAAUAUGAAGACACCAGUGCAGCAGAGCUUCGCGCCACAGGUACCCGAUGCGGCGACGGGCUACAACAAACAGUAUCCGCCGAUUACGACUCAACGGACCCGCGAUGCCGUGAAAGGCUUCUGGCGUCGGUCUUUUGGAGGAGGACCCCUUCCGCAGAACACUCCCUCGGCGUCAACAGCAACGGACAGCCAGGACCAGGGGAACGCGCCACGGCCGGCUGCUGGAAAAGUGCAAUCAGACCAGAGCAUGGGUGACGACCCACCGAACGACGAUCUGUCACGAGCAACACCAGCGCCAAUUGGCGACAAGCGUCCGAGUUACAACAACGCCAACUACCUCACAAACCUCGACAGGCCUGCAACAGCCACCACGGGCGUGACAGCGCACACUGAAAGAGGGGCCCCGCAAGAGCCGGCAGCAGGUGGUGGCAACGUGAGCAACGCGACUGGAACUCGGAGAAGCUGGGUAAAACAGCGUUUCAACCGACAUCGUUCUAAUAGUAUGAAAAAUGGCUAG